CUGCUAGAUUCAAGCGUCUUUUGACGCAGACAAAAUCAAGGACGGGGAAUGCAAACAAUUGCAAGAGUCAUUCAAAAUGGUUAGGGUAACCAUCUCAUUGUCAAAGAUCCCCACUUCGUACCGGAUUAAAGAUGCGUUUAAGAGGAAGGGUAUCUACAAAGUGAAUGAGACGACAGUUGCGGGAGGAAUUCUAAAAGAAAAAGGGAUAAAAGUUUGUGAUGCACAGACCUAUAUCAAUCCACCACUGCCAAAAUGGGAGCCUCCAAAAACAUUGCUGCCAGAUUUCCGAUUGGACAUCCCAGCAAAACCGGUCAACCCAGAGGAGAUGACAAAAGUCUGGGACAUCAGUAAAUCUCUAACAUUCACGGAAGGUCUGGAACAUGCGUGCCUACUCACCAAGACACAGGCCUUCCAUGGUUUACCACCAGUCAUACAAGAUCUUGUGGGAAAGUAUGAGUUGGUAGAUCAAUAUCCUGAGAAGGCGCCGCCAACGAACAAGGGACAGAUAAAAGGGGGUCGUGAUAAUGUGGCAUCAGUGGCGAAAGUUGGACUGGCGAAUAUGUCCGAGUCUAAAAAAAGGUCUGAGAGUGAACAAGAUCGGCUGGUGAAGAGGUGCAUUAUCCAGUCUCAAGUGUGCGACAACACCAUGGAUUUAUUGCCAAAGAGAUUUGACACAGAAAAUUUAUCGUUCAGGUGGCGUCGAGAAUAUGGAAUACCACCAGAACGAUCAGCAAUAAUGUUGUUGAAAAGUUUGCUACAGCUGGCUCAAUCUUCUGGUAAAGUUGUUCCUGAAAUUUUGACGGACAGACGAGUGAUGUUUAAUCCAUCAGUGAACACCACAUUUUCAUUUCAAGAUCAUACUCUUCACUACGGUAAUACGGCAGAAAUCUGCGUAUUUGGCAGUAAGAUGGUUCCAGCCCCAGGAAACAAAACCCUCGUGAAAGAUUCAGCCAAUCAUAAGCUGCUUGAUAUGUAUCCCAUGAGCCCCCUGAUCGACCUUCGUGAAGUUGAUAUAAAGAAAUCGAAGAAAUUUCAUGGAAUUCUGCGAAACCCCCUAGGCCACCCAUGCUCAAACCCACAGAUCGUUCUGGACACAUUUCCCCCUUUCAUGACUGCAGAAAAGGCAGCUGCCUCGGGCGUGAUUUCAUCAUUUGUUGUAGCGUUGGAAGAAGCUAGAAAUAGAUAUGGGGCUACAGAUGGAGACUUAGAACACCCAAUUACUGUGUUAAACAUAAAUAGUUCAGAAAGCAUCUUCAACUUCACUGUGUUCCAGCUUAACACUUUAGAUUUCCACUCGUCAUCGGGAGUGAAAAACUUUGUGUGGACAGAUUACGACAAUGCGAUGUUCGUUAAAACUCGGUGUAAGCCUUGGACACAUCCCAGAAGACAUUACUUGCCGAAUAAAUAUUCUAAUUAUAAGUCUGAAGUGUUCAAGAAAUUCUUGGCAAUGUAUCUGUACAGUUAUAUAAAUUGAGUUUGGGAUCAUGUAGUAGGAAAAUUGUGUGAAUGUUGAAGAGAUAAAGCUUUGAUAAAAUUUGAUUUAUGUCUUGAAUAAAAAUAGCUAUGUC